UCGCGCGUGACGCGCGUCUGUCCGUCGCCCGCGCUCCGCCCUCCGCUGCCGCCGGCCGCGUCGCUGUGGGCGGUGGGUGCGACUUGACGUGGCCCCGCGAAGCGGCGAAAUCCUCGGGUGCUGGCAGUUGUAGUGAAUUAUUGCUGUUAAAAACUGAACGUGUCCCCCUUUAUUUAUUGGACCCCUUGGAGUGAUGGAUCGGUUGUGGAGGUUUCAGUGGUUUGCGAGUGAAAUGAGUUAUCGGUAAAAAUGACGAGUUCGUAAAUUGUUUAAUACAUUGAUUGGAAAUGACCGAUUUGCGUUAUAGAUGAGUACAAGUGUUGGAAGUGUUAUAAUUAACUGCGUUGAGAUGAAUCGUGUUUUAUUUGAAAAUUUUGAAAAAUUGUAUGUUAAAUAAAAGGUAUAUGAGAGUGGUGGAAUUAAAAAAAAUUUAAAUAUUUUAUCGAUAUCCAAAACGUUUUAAGGGCAAUAGUGACAAUUCAUAUGAUUACACGACGAUUAAAAUUAUUUUAAUUGCCUUGUGUCAAACAUUCCGUGUGUUUCAAUGGAAUAAAUUACUGUGAAACUUUUUGUAACGUAUUAGUUAAGUCCAUUGUUUUCGCACAAAUGUGUCCAUUUUCGCUUAUUUGAAGACGUGUCUCUGAAUGACAGUAUCAUUUAUGUUUUCAUUAAAUAAAUCGCCUUUACGGUGAUGUUUCGCAGUUACGUGUGCUAAUAUUAAUCUCGUGAAACAUACGACCCCUACACUUUUUUCUACGUUCGUUGUUUACGAAAGUGAUGCAUAUCUGAAUCGAGCGUUGGCACGAAACAUGCAGUGUCUGGAAAUGACAGGAGCAAUUUGUUACCCGCGCCUCUACUAGAACCUCAGCCGCUUGACCGGAAGAUGAGUGAUACAAUCGAGUGUCGCAUCAAGUCGAGGAAUGACCACUCCGAGAAGAAAAGUGCGCGUCUCGCCGUGUCCGGUGCCGAAGUGCGAGGAUGCGGUGUGCGUGAGUGAGUGAGCGAGUGUGCGAAGCAGUGCGGCAGUGGUGUGCAACGCGAAAUGUCGUCGCCGGCGGUGGCGGUGGCGGCGGCGGCGGCUACGCUGUCCCUGGCAGCGCUGUGGCUAUGCCCCGGCGCGGCCCUUGCCUUUGAACUGGCCUCCACCGCGGAGCCGCAAGUGCUGCUCGACGAGACAGCCGCCGUUUCGUCCACCACGGCGGUGCUGCACGGGGUCGCGCGGCUGCCCUGCAACCUGCGCCCGCCCGUGGCCGGCGACCGCGUGGCGCUCGUCAUCUGGUACAAGGGCGGCACGGCGUCGCCCAUCUACAGCUUGGACGCGCGUGGGCGGUCGGUGACGACGCAGCUGGGCACGCACUGGGCAGACGAGCGCAUCCUGGGCGGGCGCUCCUUCUUCCGCGUGGGCGACGCGGAGGAGCAGGAGGAGGAGGAGGACGGCGAGGACGGGGAGGUGCGCGGCACGCACCUGGCCAUCGAGAGCGUGCGCGAGGCGGACGCCGGCUCCUACCGCUGCCGCGUCGACUUCCGCCGCUCGCCCACGCGCAACGCCAUCGUCAACCUCACCGUCAUCGGAUUAUCUUCUUCACAAGAUAGUGCAGAAAAACUUACGGCCUUGGUGAUUAGUCUUAAUGCAAAUUCAUCUUUCUAA